GCAGAUAUGACUCAGAAACCGGUUUCUCAGGGUUGUAACAUUAGAUGAUACACCACUUGGGUCAUUCAUUACACUGUAAACUGAUGCCCUUGUUUCAUUGGGUUGGGCUCUCUGGAAGGUGUGUGGCUGCCUGGGUUGCUGGAAGAAAGCUCGCAAGUGUGGAAAGAAAGAACUUGCCACCGACCUAGGCUCCUAGGGACCUUUCUUUUGGCUGGGAAGGAUUUCACUAUUCAUAGGAAAUACCUCCAGAAGCUUCAAGAAGUUGUAGAGGUGAAGUAAGUCUGUGAAAGACCAGCAUGGGAAUCCUAUACUCUGAGCCUAUCUGCCAGGCGGCCUAUCAGAAUGACUUGGGCCAAGUGUGGCAGGUGGGUAAAGGAAGACAGAAGCUUUAUCAAUGUUCAAGAUGGCUUUAAUGGAGACACCCCCCUCAUCUGUGCUUGCCGACGAGGGCACCUGAGGAUGGUUUCCUUCCUUCUAAGGAGAAACGCUGAUGUGAACCUCAAAAACCAGAAAGAGAGAACCUGCUUGCAUUAUGCUGUGAAGAAAAGAUUUACCUUCUUUGAUUAUCUACUCAUUAUCCUCUUAAUGCCUGUCCUGCUUAUCGGGUAUUUCCUCAUGGUAUCAAAGACGAAGCAGAAUGAAGCUCUUGUACGAAUGCUGCUUGAAGCUGGUGUUGAAGUAAAUGCUACAGAUUGUUAUGGCUGCACUGCGCUGCAUUACGCCUGUGAAAUGAAAAACCAGACUCUCAUCCCUCUGCUGCUUAAAGCCCAUGCAGACCCCAGGAUAAAGAAUAAGCAUGGUGAGAGUUCCCUGGACAUUGCACGGAGAUUAAAAUUUUCCCAGAUUGAAUUAAUGCUCAGGAAAGCAACCUAAUCUUUGUGGCCUCAUCUGAAGCAGCAGAAAAAGGUCUGGAUUCUAUCUCCAUCUUGGACUAUUGGUCUCUGGACCCCUCAACCUGGAGGCCAACAUGUUAUGGGGAGAAUGAUGGUUACCAUGGAUGACAUUUUUGAAAAACUUUGUAUUUAUACUCUUUUCGCUCAGUGGAGUUCACCGUGGUCAUAUUCUUUCCAGGGGAAAUCCUAAAGCUGUUGGAUUCUCCAGUAAAAAAGGAUCUUUCAAACUCAGUCUCUCCUGAAGGAGAGGAUCAGCAUUAUCCGUGUUCUCCUUUUUCCAUUGUGUUGCGCUUAUAAAGAGGUUGUCCCGUCCACAUCCUGCCCCGGGAGACAAACUAUUCCUUCCAUGUUCCUUUGAGUCAUCAGAGGAAGAAUCAAACAUGUACAUUUGUACAGAAUGGUGAGUGUAUGUGUGUAGGUUUAGAGAGUCCUAUGUAAAUAUUCCUUUGGUGAAACAACUUUAUCAAAAUCAUCCAUCAGUUUUCUCUAUAGAAAUCGGCAAAUGCCAUGAGUCAGGGCUUUGUACUCCUUUCCAGAAAGCCAGUGUAAUAGCAUACCUCUAGACAUUUUGUUGUCAGUUUACAAACAAGAGCCGUCUUGAUUUUGAACAAGAUUAUGUAACUAUCAAACUGUUUGUUCAAAAAUAUCUGUAUAAUUCUCUUGGGAAUACAAGGCAUGACUAAGUUUGUUAGUAUGGUGUAUUCGUUGUUGAUAAAAUUAAUAUUAGUGUAAAUUAUUGGGAGAAAGGAUUUUCUUUAUAAGAAAUAGAGCUAUAUGAUGAGGUGGUGUCUGGAUUAUACUUCUAGAGGAGAGAUCAUGAAUAUCGAAAUAUUUGUCUUAAGUGCUUUGUCAGGGAGACAGUGCAGAAAUAAUCACAUAUUAAAAUGACUAGAUUUUGCAAAGCAAGACUGACUUAUGAACAUCUUUAGACAUGGACUAAACCACACCAUGGGUAGUAACAAAUACAGUCUAAGCAUGAAAGAUUUACCAUCCUUGAACAGAACAAAGGUCUAAUAAAAAUAAAAUCCAGUAAUAUUUAUUGAACUGUGCACAGGGCCUUAAGGCACAUAUUUGGUGAGGGAAGUAGCAGUGUAUAGAUAUAGAUUCUGAAGCCCUUAAAUGUCUCCUAACACAUUAAGAUCCAUUCAUAUUGAACCGAGUUAUCAGGUGACUCUGGGGAAGUUUUAAAAAAAAAAGGAACUUCACACAUCGGUAUACCUUCAACACAGUACCAGUUUACCUUUGAUGUGAUGUCAGCGUUUUGCAAAAUUACCAUACCAUGUAAUUUAUCUUUGAAUAAAAUGUCUUAGAAGCUGUGUGAAAAUACAACAAUUUUUCUAAAGAAAUAAAUUCUGGUUUGUAAAUAAGU